UCGCUGGCGGGGAGUUACGAAUCCGCAGUGCGUGCUGCGCCUUGACAACUUCGCUAUUGUCGAGCGAAUUAAAGUUGUUGUUGUUGUUUAACUGUCGUCGCAGGCCGUGCUAAGGGGGCGCUUUAACGCGCAGCGGCGGUGAUGCAUAGUUUGUAUAUAAAUGUGAUUAAGUAAUGCAGCAGGCUUAAGAGUGCUGUACUGUACUUGGGUGUUGUACUGUACUGCACAGUAAACAUAGGCCUGGCGUUCGUGUGUUAAGUUCUUAAGCGAACGUAUUGUGCUUUGUGUGCUUAUUGUUGUUGCUUUUGUUCAUAUUUGACUUGGGCCGCAGUUUGAUCGCGUUUGCCCCAUACAUAAUUCUCAAUUUAAGUGGAUCAUUGCACAGCGCUUUGAUGAAUGCACCGUACGUUGAACUUCUUUCGCACCGUACGUAGCCGACCGUGCUCAUAGGGGGUGCGGGAGAAGAGAAUCGAUUAAUCUAUUCACGAGUACGCGAAUCUCCGCUUGAAUAAAUGAACAAAUGCAUACAAUCGAAUAGUUAGGUGAGUGGAUACAGGAUUGCAUUAUACUGUAGUUUGAAUCGGUGAAUCCAUGAUUAAGUGAAUGAAUGAUAUCCGGAGGAAGAAGAGUAGGAGGAGCAGAAGGAAACGGGGAGUCGAGGCUGCGUGCGAUGGCUCUGGACACAAAAAACAUGUUCAGCACGGGGGUUGAGGACUUCGACCUUGAAGAUGAGGAGUUCAUGUCGAUGCUGGUGGACGUGGAAGAGCGGAUUGCUGGUGGAGGGCGGCCGAUGUGCAACUCAACUGGUGGAGGAGCCAUGCAUCCACCCAUUGUGCAGACGGUGACACCAUCCACGAGCAACCACCAAGGCCCCGCAGCUUCCGCAAUCCAUGCUGAUGAUGUGGGCCAGGGUGUGGCAUCACUAGAUCCUUUCGGCGAUGUGGACUUUUCAGACCUGGAUGAUGAAGUUUGGUUGAACUUCACUCAGGAACUAGAUGUUAACGGUAGAGAAAACUCAGGUGCGAAAGAAACGGCAGCAACAAAUGAAACCACGAAAUGCCCAACUUUGGGUUCCCGUGAAUCUUCUGACUUUGGUCUGAGUGUCAGGACUAUGACUGCCCCACCUGCAAAGAAGCUGCGGAUGGCAUCAAAUUUGGAGAGUGUUCAGAUGGGUUCUGGACAGAGCACGGUAAGCAUUGGACAUAAUGGGUCAGGCAAGGUGUCGGUUCAGAGGUUAAGAGGACCUGCUAAUGAGAGCAGUGAGAAAUCGGUGAUGUUUAUGGCAUCUGCACGGUUAAACCCUGUUCCAGUUGCUGAUUCAGAAAAAAUUGGCCACUCUGGCAUGAUGCAGGGUGCCGCUUGGACGAAUUCCCCUCAGCAGCCAAGGCCAUCUUCAACGCAUAUUGCACCAUCUCACAUUGGACUGCAGCAGCAGAACAGAUCUUCUAGUCCGCAUGUAAGAAUCGCAAGUCACAGGCCGUCAACUCCCAUGACAAACUCUCCACUUGUGCAAUCAUCUCGGGGCCUCGCCGUCUGCAGCUCCCCCAUGCUCACCCGUGGUCAAAUGAGAGGCCAUCUCUUUCAGGGCCAUGGAGCAAAUCCGUGCUUGCCCACCACGCCCACGAUAAGGCUCCACAACCCGAGUGCAUCGGGACAGCGCUCGGCAGCCACUACUCCAACGUGGCUCAUCACAAACCGACUCGUGCAACUCGUCUCGGCCUCCAACAAUGUGACUCCCCGGCCCUCGCCUGCUGCUUCCUCUGCAGUGCCUAAAGCACGCCGGUUCCCUGGCCCUGCUGGCCUCCUGCCUCAACAGCUGAGCAGAAAAAUGGAUGACAUCAUGAUUUCUGCUCCACAAACCCCAGCUCAUGGAGCCGUCGCAAAGCUUAGCUCAUUGCCCUCUUCACAGCAGUCAUCAUUUGAGGAAGACUUUGGCCGGGGGCCGUGGGUUGCCAUGAAAGCAGCACUGGGUGUCGAUGAGAGGAACCCUUCCUCUUUUUUGUGCACGCACAGCAUCAUCAUGGUGCUCCGCAAGGCCAGCCUCAAGCAGCUGCCAAAGGGAAAGGUGCCGAACAUGUGCAUCCUACUGAAAUCUCUCGUCCAAACCGGCAGUGAUGCAAAGGCCGUCUUCAAAGACCCCACUGGAGAGAUGCAUGGCACCAUCCACAGGCAGCUCGUUGAGCAGCAUCAGUCGCAACUGAGGGCUGGUGUGGUGUUGCACUUGCAGCAGGUGGGAGUACUGUCCCCGAGCUGCAGAAACCACUACCUGAACAUCACUCCUCGGAAUGUGGUGCGGAUAUUUAUGUCAGAAGGCUGUACCGAGACCAAUUCGAGCUGCAGCCAAACAGCCGGUGAAGUAGCCCAGAUUGCUCAAGAAAGCAUCCACAAGGUGACAGCUGGGGUAGUGGAAACUCAGGCUGAGAGCUCAGCAGUCACGGAGCGAGGAGGAACAGAGAUGAAAGGAGGCUCACGGCAAACGGAUGACAAUCUCUCAGGCUUGGAUAAUCUGGACAGCUUUCUGGAAGACCUUCCAGAGGAUGCGUUUGCAGAUUUCUGACAAUGCAGUGUAAGAAGACCAAGUGCCUACAAAAUCACGAAACUUGAAAAGUGCUGUCAAUCAAGAUUGAAAAGUGCUGUCUGUGGAUAUGCUUCUUAUAUAUUUAGCUUUUUUUCAAUUUGCAUUACAAAAAUUGCUGUGUUGGUUACACUUGCCAAGAUCAAUAUCAUUUGAUUUACAGUCAUGGCAGUAGACUGAUUCUUUAACAAAUGCUCAGACAGACACAUACUGUGUAUUUUCAAUGCUGUUUGUCACUUAUUACAUUAUUUCUCUUCGUUUGAGCUUCUAUUUGAAGAUCAUACACACUUGAUGACCAUGGUCAGUUUUGUCAUUUGUUACAGCAGCAAUACCAGGAAUAUACAUUUGUUGGCGUUAUAGUCAAUAUUCUAUAAAGCAUGUCCACGUUUAUUAAUGUCUAUGGUGUCAUUACCUGUCAUGUUGAGGUGCUUCACAAGUCACAGCUGAUGAAUGAAAACAACUUUCUUCAGCGUGACUAGCGUAUUGCAUUUCACUCGAGCUAAGAAAGUUUUCCACAAAAAUUUACUACAGUACUGUACUUGGCAACGUCAGUACAACGUACUGGCAAAAACGUGUUUUGCAUAAAUGUACUAAUGGUAUGUUAUAAAUUACAUGCUGUUGAUGAGAUAAGCACAUGUUCUUGAAAAGCAACAAAACAUACUCUUACUGAAGUGAUUAAAGUGACAUCUUUUGUUGAA